CACUAUUCUCACCACUCAGUUCUUCCUCGCUCACUACAUACAAUAUACUAGGACCUACCAAGUGCCCCCUAUUGUAUCAUUUACCUGAUAUGCCUGAAGAAGACGCCAUUGAGCCUGCUAGUCGAAUCCAGUUCGAUGACGGAAUCCAUCCUGUGCAAUCUGCCCGUCGCAGCGCCGUAGGCCGCCAGUCCAAUGCGACCGACCUCGAUGACGAGGAAAAGGCUCAGCGAAUCGCCAACACGGAUUUGAAUGUGAAGCACAAACAAAACUACUCAGGCUUCCUCCUCCUCUGGGUCGCCUUCCAGUCCACCGGCAUCAUCUACGGCGACAUUGGCACGUCGCCGCUCUAUGUAUACUCGUCGACCUUUACAAGCCAGCCUUCAUGGGAUGACCUGGUUGGCGCCCUGUCCAUCAUCAUCUGGUCGCUGACCCUGAUUGUCACCAUCAAAUACACAUUCAUCGUCCUCCGCGCCGACGACGAUGGUCAGGGAGGCACCUUUGCCCUGUACAGCCUUCUGGCGAGAUACACGCACAUUGUCAAGGGAGACCCUAAAAAUGACGAUACCGUCAAGUUGGAGCGCUACCUCACCGGCGAGCUGAAGCCAGGCGGGAAGAGCCUCCGCAAGUUCCUGGAGAAUUCCCCAGCGGCGCAAUUUGCCCUCAAGGCUAUUGGUGUCUUGGGUGUGUCUCUUGUCAUGGCUGAUGGCAUUCUCACUCCUGCGCAGUCCGUACUGGGAGCCAUCCAGGGCAUCAAGGUGGCAGACCCGACCCUGACGACUCCAACCAUUGUCGGCAUCUCUUGCGCCAUCCUCGUCCUCCUCUUCCUUAUCCAACCCUUUGGCACAUCCAAAUUGGGAACCGGGUUCGCCCCCAUCGUCACCGUGUGGCUCCUCUUCAACCUUGCUUCCGGUAUUUACAACCUCGCCGUGCAUGACCACACCGUUCUCAAGGCAUUCAGCCCACACUACGCCUUUACGUAUCUUAUUCGCAAUGGAUAUGAUGGUUGGAAGUCACUUGGCGGUCUCUUGCUCGCCUUUACUGGUGUAGAGGCUUUGUUUGCGGACCUUGGAGCCUUCAGCAAGCGAGCCAUCCAGAUUUCAUGGCUAUGCUUGGCCUAUCCUUGUCUCAUAUUUGCCUACGCUGGACAGGCUGCGUUCAUCGCCAAUGACAAGAGCGAGACAGCUUUUACCAACCCGUUCUUCUAUACUGUACCGCCAGGAAGCUUCUACCCUAGUCUUGUCAUCGCAGUCCUGGCUGCUAUUGUUGCGUCCCAAGCCAUGAUCACGAGCACAUUUCAACUGCUCUCGCAGGUCAUGCGUCUCUCGUAUUUCCCUCACAUUAAAGUCGUGCACACGAGCAACAAAUUCCACGAGCAAGUAUAUAUGCCCAUGGCCAAUUGGCUUCUCAUGAUCGGAACUGUUGCUGUCACUGGAAUAUACAACACUACCACUUCGCUCGGACAUGCCUAUGGAGUCUGCGUCAUUCUUGUCACAUUUAUUUCGACCUGCAUGGUCUCCCUCGUCGCCAUUCUUGUCUGGCGCAUUCCAUCAUUUGUUGUGAUACCCAUUUUCCUCAUUUUCGCAGCCCUCGACGGUGCUUUCAUGUCCGCAGUGUUGACCAAAGUGCCCGACGGCGCUUGGUUUACUCUCCUCCUUGCAUUCAUUCUAUCUUCCAUCUUCAUCCUCUGGCGCUUUGGCAAGGAAGCGCAGUGGUCUGCAGAGUCACUGGACCGCCUGCUGCCCUCUGAUGUCCUCUCCGACUCAGACAGCCAGAAUUCUUCCUCUGUCACCAGACUCACCGAGUCGUUCGGCAGUACGCCAGUCAGUACCGUCCCCGGACUGGGCGUCUUCUUUGACAAGUCUGGCGAUUCGUCGGUGCUCCCUGUUAGCUUCGCACACUUUGUGCUGAAGUUUGCAGCUCGUCCCGCUGUUCUAAUAUUUUUCCACAUGCGGCCGCUGCCGGUGCCAUUCGUGGAUUCUGCUGACCGCUUCGUUGUGACACGCACGUCAGGCAUUGCCAACUGCUACAACGUCGUUCUGCGACACGGAUAUGCAGAUGAUGUGGUUCGGCCCGGCAUGGCGCGCGAUCUCGUCGCACAAGUCGAGUUGGUCGUUUCGAGGGCGGCUGCACCUGAUGCCGCGGAAUUGCAAGCUCUGCGCGAGGCCUACAGCAGCCAGAUCGUGUAUGUCUUGGGCAAAGAGACGAUGAAGAUUAAGCGGGAUGGUCGAUUUAAACCAUGGGCCAUCACACGGUGGAUUAUACUGGAAAUAUUCCUCUGGAUCAGAGAGAACUCCAGGACCAAAAUGGCGAAUGUGAAUAUUGAUGUGGACAGGUUGGUCGAGGUUGGCUUCUUGAAAGAAAUUUGAGGGAGUCUGCGACGACUGGUUGGCGUCUAAACGCAGUUGACAACACAAUCUGAAGUAGUAAUUUACAAAAUUGUGGUGA